GGAAGACGUGCAUCAGCGUCUUGAUUCCGACGAUUUCAAAAGUACCUGGCCCAGCAAGGGCGACUCUGCAUCGGCGAAAGGGAAGAUGCAUCCAGGCGUACUAUCCAACAAGAGCGCUAUUGCUGGAGCGGAAGAUGAUCUCCAAUUGCAGAAACACGCUCCCGUCCCCCUUUCCCCAGACGAUUUGCAACGCAUGCAGCAAGAUCAAUUGACAAC